CAUUGACGGCAUUACACACCAAAAUUAUGGAUAGUGGGAUCUACAACUUUGUUACCUUCAAUUGUAAGAAUGUGAAGCGCUCUGUAGAAGGGAUACGGGAAUUAUGUAAAAGAUCGGAUAUCAUAGCCCUGCAAGAAACGUGGUUGUUGCCGAGUGAUCUAUCAUAUUUGUGCAGCAUAGAUUGCGAAUUUACCUCUACGGGAACGUCGGCGAUCGAUACAACAGAGGGAAUACUGCGCGGGCGACCGCACGGUGGUGUCGCGAUCCUCUGGCGGCACAGUGUAUUUUCCAAUGUUGUAGUAGUGCCAUGUGAUAAUCCCCGCAUAUGUGCGAUAAAAAUAAUGUUAAAAGGGCGGUCAAUCCUAGUGAUGAGUGUCUACAUGCCUACCGAUAUGUCUACAAACUUAGUGGAAUUUACGGACAUUCUCUGCUCGGUAAGUGCAAUCAUAGACAGUAAUAAUGUGGAUUGUGUUUAUAUUAUGGGCGAUUUCAAUGCUCAUCCCACAGAAUCAUUCUUUAAGGAAUUAUCUAUAUUUUGUGAGGAACAGGAAUGGACUUGUAUAGAUAUAGAAAUGUUGAAGGGUUCAUCGAACUGUUUUACGUUUGUGAGUGAAGCUCAUGGGUCUAAAGUGGUGUCAAGACCACGAAGAACAAAUAAAGAUGGAUAUUCUAGCUUCACAUCAUUCAAAUAAUGAUUUUCGGUCUUUUUGGAAGGCUACGGGGAAGCUAAGUUUUUUUUUUUUUUUUUUUUUUUAUAGAACUUAGAAUGGCAAACAAGCUGACGGCCCACCUGAUGGAAAGUGGUAACCGUCGCCUAUAGACAUGAGCAGUACCAUGGACAUAACAGAGUAUACUGUUUCGCCCAUGAUACCCCCAUGCGUUGCCAUUCCUGAGGACUCAGGUGUUAUUCCUCUGUACCCAGUAA